AUGAAGUACACUAUCGCUGGCCUCUUGACCACUCUCGCUACAUCUGCCUCUGCGCUUCCUAACAUCGCACGCAGCUCAUACCCAACCGCUUCAGCAUCUUCAUCCGCUGCUGCGCGCAUCCUCCUCGGAAACUCUGGUCACAUCUACGUCGCCGACUUCAGCCCCAAGACGGGCAAGUUCGAGCUCACUCUGAACCAGGAGAUCGAGGGCGGUAACUCAUGGAUGGCCUACUAUGGCUCCGACUUGCUCUACGCCGUUGACGAGAACUCUGAUGAGCUGAGACUCUUCAACCUUGAUCUCGAGGCUAAUAAGCUUACCCUCAAGACUAAAAAGGCCGGAAGUGUCGGCGUUGUUCAUCUUGAGUUCAACUCGGAUAAGACACGCCUUGUUGGUGCUGCUUACGGAAAUGGUACCAUUGAUGUUUGGAACACUGAGAAGGGUGGUCUGGAGUUCGUCAAGACUCUCAAGUCUCCUGGAAAGCUUGGUCCUGACAAGGAGCGCCAGGCUGCUUCUCAUCCUCAUCAGGCUAACCUCGAUCCCUCUGGUCGCUACUUUGCCGUUAACGAUCUCGGCACUGACUCUGUUGUCAUCAUCGACUCCAAGGACGACGCUUACAAGAUCGCAAAGAACAUCCCCGUCGAGGCUGGCUGUGGUCCUCGACAUGGUGUCUUCUACCCUCGUGGUGGAAAGAAGGCUACCCACUACAUCGUUGCUUGUGAGCUGAGCAACCAGGCCCUCGUCUACUCUGUCUCCUACGAGGAAAACACCCUUGCUUUCAAGCACCACCAGUCUAUCUCUACCUACGGCAAGGACGCUCCUGCUAAGGACCCCAAGACCGCUGCUGUUGGUGAGAUCCUUCUCGCUCCUAACAACAAGGACGUUUAUAUCUCCAACCGUCUGUCCGGAAACGAGACCGACUCUAUCGCUCGCUUCACUAUCGCCGAGUGCGGAACUCUCACUUAUGCUGAUACCGUCUCAUCUGGUGGUCUCCUCCCCCGUAUGAUGAGCUUCAGCCGAACUGCUAAGCACGUCUUUGUUGGUAACCAGAACGGUACCAGCGGUCUUGUUGCUCUCCAGCGAGGUGCUGAUGGCAAGCUUGCUGAGAAGCCUGUUGCUACUCUUCCUGGCUCUGCGUUCGGUGAGCCUUUGUUCGGACCUCAGUAUGUGCAGCAGAUCCUCCUGAACUAA